GAAUCUCCGCCCUGGGCUGAGUGACAGCUAGUUCGGUAAAUGACAACUGCAUGCAAGUAGGAAGGAAGCCAUAUAUGGGCAUGGAAGUGGGUGUGGCGAAGCGAGCCUGCGGGGAUCACAAGACGACAGCAGAGGGAGAGGGAAUGUGUUGUUCGAGACACACAGCGAAGACCAAUGUGCGUGCUUUUGUGCAAUCCUAGUGCAAUAAUAACGUGUAAGAGGCGGAAGGACCGCGCCGUCGCCUCCACGCCGCUGCAGAUCAGCGCUUUAUCUCCGUGCGGGUAGCUCUCUCUCUCUCCCUCUCUCUCUCUCGCCCCCCUUCGUCCACUACUGCUGAGAUCGACGCACCUAAAAGCCAGCGGGGGUAAAAAAAAAGUGAAAAGUGAAGUCAGCAGUGCAUGAGUCAAGCCCGGGGAUGCAUGCAGUCAUCCCGUCGGGCCUGCAGGGCGGACCUGCGUGCUGCAGACUGCGGUGCUCCGAGCACCCCUCCGCGGUGAGCGCAGGUGUCGCCCCUGAAUGACAACACAUGGAUCCCAUCGGCACGGCCCUCCACAGGUCAGAGGUCAGCGGGUAGUCUUCAAAGAGCCAGCCAGUGGCGGUCCUUCUGAGUCGACCCCCGCCGGGCCAUCCGAAGGGGGGGGGGGAGGUCGCACUCUGACCUUCCGAGGCAGUCAACCCCACCUGUGGGAGUACCCCACCAGCAGUUUUUAAAAUAUAUCGCUAUUCUUUCUGCGUGAGUUAUUCCUUUUUUGUGCAGCGCAAGAAGACACAGGGAGGAUAUUAAGACGUGGUUAUUACCGCCGUGUCAGGGGUUGUUUUGUUGACACACACCCCCCCCUGCACACCCAACACCCCGCCGCUGAAGUCCCCCCCCCCCGCCCACCCUGGUUCCUGCAUGCCCGCCAUGAGUGUGCCGGUCCAGCAGAAAGCCAGCAGCACCAAGAGAACCGGCAAGCGCAUCACGUUCUUCAGCGACCAGGGCCCGGGCAUGAAGGAGGCCUCCCAGCUCGCAGAGGGACCCUCCUACUACAGCCUGACGGGCCGGGACCCCGCGCCCCCCCAGGGCCCGGACGGCUCCGCCGGCAACGCCCCCCCCGCCAACGUCCCCGCCAACGUCUCCUCCGGCGCCGCGGUCGAGGUCCCGGCCCACAUGUACCUGAGCUCGGUGAUCUUCAGCCCGGAGAAGGGCUCGGACCAGAGCCGGGGGCACUACCAGCAGACGCUCCCCAUGAAGUGGUCCCACCAGGACGCCGGCCCCCUGCAGCAGCAGCCGGCCCCCCAGCCGCCCCCCCCCUCCGCCCAGCCGCAGCCCCAGCUGCAGCGGACGGUGCCCUGGUCCACCAUGGCCAACUGGGGCCCCAACCUGGCCAACUACCUGGGGGGCGGGGCGGAGGCACGCCCCCAGGGGCCCCCCGCCGCCAAGACCGCCGUGCACGAGCCCCCCCCGGGCCUGCAGCCGCCCCCGCCCGCCAGCAGGGCGAUGGACAAGCCCCCCAUGGGGGCCAACCCCCCCGCCGAGGCCUACAGGGAGGCGUCUAAGGCCCGGGGGCUGGACUGGGAGCAGCAGUACCACCCCCAGGCCCAACACCAGGCCCCGGCCCUGGUCCACCUCCAGGGCCAGGCCCAGACUCAAGCCCUGCCCCAGGUCCAGGCUCUGCCCCAGGCUCUGCCCCAGGCCCAACCACAAGCCUUCCCACCGCCCCUCAAACCGGGGGCGCUGAACCCCCCGCAGCACGGUGGCCCCCAGCCCGGCGGCGGCGGCGGCGGCGGCUGCAGCUCGGUGCUGCAGCCCUUCCAGCUGGCCUUCGGUCAGCCCAAGCAGCACCUGGCCGGCUACUACCACACCUUCCCCCCGGGGGCUCGGACCACCCUGCCCAACCUCAACUACUCCACGCAGGGCAAACCGCCGCAUCAGCUGCAGCCCCUCCAACCGCAGAACCAGGAACAGGCAUGUCAACAACAACAGCAACAACAACAACAGCAGCAGCACCAACACAUCCUCCAGCAGCUGCAGCAGCAGCAGCAGCAGCAGCAGAUCCUUCAGCGGCAGAAGCAGCUGCAACACAUGCAGCAGCAGGAGCAGCAGCAGCAGCAGCAGCAGCAGAAGCUCCAGCAGCAGCACAGCAUCCAACAGCAAAUGCAACAUCAGCAGUUGCAGCAGCAGCAGCAGCAGCAGCAGCAGCAGCAGCAGCAACAACAAAACCCUUGCGCGCACGACUAUUACAGCAGUGCUCAGAGCGCACGCCCCCUGCCCCAGCCCCAGCCCCCCGCGGCGCUGGUCCACUCCCAGGAGCCUCUACCCCCAACGCUCCCCGAGAGCCAGGAGCCACUCAUACAGGACAUCACCCCGGAGCCCCAGCAGUCCCCGCUGUCGGAGCCUUCGCUCCAGCCCCGGUCCCAGGCCCAGAACCAGGCCCACAUCCAGACCCAGGCCCAGACCCAGGCCCACAUCCAGACCCAGGCCCACAUCCAGACCCAGGCCCAGACCCAGGCCCACAUCCAGAUCCAGGCCCAGAACCAGGCCCACAUCCAGAUCCAGGCCCAGAACCAGGCCCACAUCCAGAUCCAGGCCCAGACCCAGGCCCACAUCCAGGUCCAGACCCAGGCCCACCAGCCCCCCUCCCUCCAAGCCCAGACCCAGUCCUACCAGCCCCCCUCCCUCCAGCCCCCCUCCCUCCAGGCCCAGCCUCGCCGGUCCCGCAGGCUCUCCAAGGAAGGGGGCGCCCCGUCGGACCUCAACCCCUUCCUGUCGACGUCGGAGCAGCAGCCGGGCCAGGCCCCGCCCCCCCCGGCCCAGGGCUCGCAGAACGGCCGCUCGCCGCCCUGCCUGCAGGCGGCCCCCACCGGGGUGAUCCAGAGCACGCGCAGGAAGCGCCGCGUGUCGCAGGAAGUCAACCUGGAGACGCUGGCGCAGAAGGCCUCGGAGAUGGAGUCCCUGCCGCCGCACAUCGUCAAGGAGCCCCCCCGGCCCUGGAGCCCGGCGGAGGCCUCGGGGGCCCCGGGCCCCGACAGCCUGCUGCCGCUGGUCAUCCCCGUCUCGGUCCCCGUCCGCCGGCCGCAGCCGUGCCCCCGGUCCUCGUCCUCCUCCCCCGAGCGGGACGGCGGGGGGGGCCCCGGCUGCGUCUGGGGGCCCGGCCGGCCCGGCGGGGGCCCCCAGGAGGGCGGGGGCCCCGCGGACCACAAGCCCUCGGUCAUCGUCACGCGGCGACGGUCGCUACGGAACUCGCCGUCGGAGAGCUCGGGACAGAACGGCGGCGGCGGCGGCGGGGAGGGCGAGCGCGACGACGACGGCGGCGUGAAGGCCAAGUCGAAGCGGCGGCCGCGCCCCGAGCCGCUCUUCAUCCCGCCGCCCAAGCCGGGGCUGUUCGUGGUGCCGCCGUGCUACGCCUCGCUCACGCCGUACCAGAGCCACCUGCGGUCGCCCGUGCGGCUGGCGGACCACCCGCUGGCCUUCCCGCCCUACACGCCCCCCCCCAUCCUCAGCCCCGUGCGCGAGGGCUCCGGCCUCUACUUCUCCACCUUCCUGUCGGCCGCCGCCGGGGUCUCCGUGGCGACGGGCGGCGGCCAGGGGCUGCUGAUGCCCACCACGCCCAAGACCGCCACGCGGAGCCUGCUGCGCUCCAACAGCUGUGACAUCACGCCGCCCGUCCUGUCGGCCAUGAGCGAGGUGACCCCGGUUAGCAUCGAGCCACGUAUCAACAUCGGGUCGCGCUACCAGGCGGAGGUCCCGGAGCUGAGGCAGAGGACGGCCGUGCAGCUGGACCCCAACCGGGCGGAUCUGGUCUGUGCUCCUCUCUGCCUGCUGGACGCACUGCCCGACACACACAAGAAAGUCGAGGACCUCAUGCACCUGGCGUGCUCCAGCGUCGUGCCCGGUGGGGGGACCAAUCAGGAGCUGGCCCUGCACUGCCUUUACCAGGUCAACGGCGACAUCAUGGCCGCCGUGUCCCUGCUGAUGCUGAGCAGCCCGCUGUUCCCCAAGGCGCACCCCCUCUCCGACUACCACUACUCAGGUUCAGACAGCUGGACGGCCGCGGAGAGACACCAGUUCAACAGGGGCAUCGCCGCGCACAAGAAGGACUUCUUCAUGGUGCAGAAGCUGGUGGUCUCCAAGACGGUGGCCCAGUGUGUGGAGUACUACUACACCUACAAGAAGCACGUGAAGAUCGGCCGCAACGGGACGCUGCUGUACGGGGAGGCGGGGCUUAACGAGGGCCGGGCCAAUGAGGCGGAGCUGGACAACAAGGGGUCCCGAGCGCCGGAGUCCCGGAAGGACGAGGACAACAGGAAGUGGGAGGGGUCUGCGGACAGGAAGCGGGAGCUCAGCCCGCCCCGGCUCACGCACCACGCGCUGUCAGCCUCCGAUAACGCCCGAGCGGUUCUGGUCCUGAAGGGGCAGGAGGGAGACCACCCCCUCCAGCACCCCUCCCUCUCCCGGGCCGUCCCCCCGCCUCACCCCGCCCCCCCGCCGCCAAGCUCCGCCCCCUCCAAGCCACGCUACGACGCCGGCGGACGCAAGGCGGCGGCGCCGGCCGCGGUCAAGGUCCCGCCCAAUCCGGAAGGAGAGUUCCCCUGCAAGAAAUGCGGCAGGGUGUUCUACAAGGUGAAGAGCCGCAGCGCCCACAUGAAGAGCCACGCGGAGCAGGAGAAGAAGGCGGCGGCCCUGCGGCUGCGGGAGGCGGAGGAGCGCGCCGCCGCCGCUCACAGCGCCGCCCUGCUGGCCGCCCGGCAGCACAACGGCACGCGGCCGGCGGGGGCCGGGGGCCGCGACAGCAGCGGCGAGGACUCCAGCGGCGGCGAGGACGAGGACGAUGGGGCCGACGUGGACUGGCAGUGAGGUCAACCGGGGGGGGGGGGGGGGGGACACACGCACGAACAGACGCACACGCGGGACAACACAGGACUCAUGGAUGGGGGGGGGGGGUUGUCUUAUUUCGGACGGCCCCUCCUCCCACGGCCACCUGAUCAGGGACAGGUUUACCCCCCCCCCCCCCCCACCGGGCAUUACGGACCUUAGACCUUGUUGGGAGAUGGAUCUGCCCCCCCCCCCAGGAACUCUAUGAUGUCAUCGCGGGCCGCCACCCCAAAGCACUUUGUUCUUCUUUUUUUUUCCUUUUUUGGUAACCGAGACUUAAGCGGUGGCGUUGCCCACGGCGACGCCUUGUUGUCAAACGUACGGCCAUUUUAAAAAGUUUGUAAAUGUUUGCUCUUUUUUUUUACCAACGGCGACACGUGAACCACUCCUCUUCGUCUCCGGGGGCAACGGAUUACUGAAGAAGAAGAGGAGGAGCGAUGGAAGGAGUGAUAGAAGGAGUGAUGGAAGGAGUGAUAGAAGGAGUGAUAGAAGGAGUGAUGGAAGGAGUGAUAGAAGGAGUGAUAGAAGGAGUGAUAGAAGGAGUGAUAGAAGGAGUGAUAGAAGGAGUGAUGGAAGGAGUGAUGGAAGGAGUGAUACGAGGGAAGGAGUGAUGGAAGGAGUGAUAGAAGGAGUGAUGGAAGGAGUGAUGGAAGGAGUGAUGGAAGGAGUGAUGGAAGUGAUGGAAGGAGUGAUGGAAGGAGUGAUACGAGGGAAGGAGUGAUGGAAGGAGUGAUAUGAGGAGUGAUAUGAGGAGUGAUAGAAGGAGUGAUACGAGGGAAGGAGUGAUAGAAGGAGUGAUGGAAGGAGUGAUGGAAGGAGUGAUGGAAGGAGUGAUAGGAGUGAUGGAAGGAGUGAUUUGAGGGAAGGAGUGAUAUGAGGAGUGAUAUGAGGAGUGAUAGAAGGAGUGAUUUGAGGGAAGGAGUGAUAGAAGGAGUGAUAUGAGGAGUGAUACGAGGGAAGGAGUGAUAGAAGGAGUGAUGGAUGCUGCUGACUGUUAUUUUCUCUUCCUGCUUGGCACUGCCAGACGUUUUCUCGUGGACGCAUGACGCACUCCCUCAGCCCGCUGUCCUCGAUCCUCAUUGGUCGGUCCCCCACUCCCUCAGCCCGCUGUCCUCGAUCCUCAUUGGUCGGUCCCCCACCCCCUCAGCCCGCUGUCCUCGAUCCUCAUUGGUCGGUCCCCCACUCCCUCAGCCCGCUGUCCUCGAUCCUCAUUGGUCGGUCCCCCACUCCCUCAGCCCGCUGUCCUCGAUGCUCAUUGGUCGAUUCCCCCCCCUCCCCCACUGCUGAUGCCUUUGAUGUUUUGGAUGCAUUUUCUCUUCAAAUGAUCUUCAGUCAGUUUUACAGCAUUUUUUUAAUCUAAAUAUAUAUAAUUAUACAUAUCUAAAUGUUGCUUAUUUUUCCUUUUCCUUUUCCUUCGGUUGUAACUAUAGGCUUAGUUAUUGCUGUUUUGUGAAUAUUCCUGCUACUGUUGUUGACGUGUAUUAUUAUUCUUUUUAUUUUUUAUUAUUAUUAUAACAGUUUGUUUUGGCUGCAAUUUAAUUGUGGCUACUUUCUCAUUUGCAGUGUGAUAUCCAUUUAGUUGUAUAUCCAUACAGAUGUGUAUCUAUAUAGAUGUGUAUCUAUAUAGAUGUGUAUCUAUAUAGAUGUAUAUGGAUGUAGAUCUAUAUGGAUAGAUCUAUAGGUGCGUUAUCUAUUUCCAUCUACACAUGCGCCCCCUGCUGGCCGUUUGUAACUGAGUUUUCUAAACCGGAGAAUAAGAACACAGAUGUAUGUGCAAUAGAACAAGUUGGGUCCUGUCAUGUGGAGUACCCCCCCCCCCCCCCCCCCCCGCGCUCACCUGACCCCUGACCUCUCAGCGGGUGACCUCCUACGAGGUCAUACCUGUCUAUGUAGAAACAACGCGUUUCCACAGCAACAGAACAAGGGAAGCGGCUUGCUCGCAGACGGCAUGCGAUGCUGCCUGCAGACUAAGUUUGGAGAUGUCUCAUUUUUAGUCGUUAGCCAAUUCUUUUUUAUAGGCUGGCUGGGUAUUCACCAUGUGGACCUCAACAUGAUCUCAACUGACUGUUAAACGCUUGGUGCGACGCAAUCCAAGGCUGGUGAUUUUUAGUUUGCUUCGUCAGCAGUUACCCUCCCCCCCACACACCCCAUCCCCCCAAAAACAAUAAUCCUCUGGGCUCCAGGGGUGCAUCAGCUCGUACUCCUGCUAGUAAUACAACAUUGUUCUCUCUGUCGCUGCCUCUCUCAUUAAGCCCCUCCCCCAGAGCCCACGUCGGUUGUCAUGCCAACAAACGGGAGUGCCAGGGAGGGUGGGAGGGAGGUGUGUGUGUGUGUGUGUGUGUGUGUGUGUGUGUGUGUGUGUGUGUGUGUGUGUGUGUGUGUGUGUGUGUGUGUGUGUGUGUGUGUGGGUCAAAUGCAAUGCAAAAGUCGCCCAAUUUGAAACGAGAAAAAAAAAACUUUUUGACGUCAUCUUUUUGGUUCGGAUUAAUGAAUCUGUUUCCUCCGUUCAUUUCCUUCGGGGGUUUUUAUGCGGCGGUCACGUGGCUUUUCCCCGCGCUGUUAUUUGAAAAAGCGCAGAGCGACUUAUGACGUCCCACACAACACCGCUGGAAAGCACUUCCUGUUGCACCCUCUUGCUAAAGGGAAUUUUGGAGAUGAAGAGAAAAGUUUAUUUAGUUAAAGAUUAGAAAAAGUAUAUAUCUAUAUAUAUACAGUUUAUGAAUACAAUUCUGUUUGCAUAAUUUCUAUGCUAUUUUACUAUGAGGUUCACACUACGAUGACAUUAAAGAAAACGUAACUGAAUCUCAACUGCUUUUUAUUACGAUGUAACUUAUUUGUUUCAGCUUUGAUUUAUACCACCUGUGUUUUUAGUAAUGAUUUAUCAAGCACUGUAUAUUAAAGUUUUAUGAUAUCA